UGGGUGUUCGAGACUUGACAUCAGAAGAGUUCCAGGGUGUGUUAAGUGGUGUUGUCCCAUCCUUAUAGAUUUAAAUAGUGGAGUAGGGGGGGGUGUUCUUUUUUUGUGAGUACAGUGUUAGAUGUUAGGGUUUUUGUUUAUUUAUUUCUUCAAGCAAAGUAUAAGGGAGUUGUACUACAGUCUAGUAGUAGGUGGCGGUAAUGCAACAUUUAUUGGGUGCCAACCGCCGUUAAACUUAAUCGAAGAAGAAGUUCACGUUUUGGCUACAGAAUAAUCAUCCUGUCUGAGAGAACGUUCGAGAGACACCCCAACUCUGACGGCGUCCCGAAUAUUUUCACAACAGGGGCAAGAAUCUGCUAGAUCGUUUAUCACCUCCGAAAUUCUGCCACCUUGCAUCAUUGAAUUACAAUCCCAGCAACACACCAGCUAUUGGCAGCAGCAGUACUAGGCAACACUUCACUGUGCCUCUUGGACGACCAUCGUUGUUUAUGUCUUUGUUUUACGAAAACGAGCUGUUGCGCAGCUGUUGGAACCUGUGUGGAGGAAACCUAGUCUACGAUCAAGGCGCUUGCGGCCACAGUGGCAAACAAUUUUUCAUGUCAGAGACUGAGCACGCUUGCAGUCGUUUAUGUCAUCCCCUCUUUUCCAGACAGAAGAUCCCAAAAAAUCCCCAUUCAAGAUCUUUUUAUCUUACUGAUAGUGCUAGUAGCCAGUCAAAAUGUCGGUCAACGUCAACCGCAGCGUGGCAGACCAGUUCUAUCGCUACAAGAUGCCCCGUCUGAUUGCUAAGGUUGAGGGCAAGGGAAAUGGAAUCAAGACGGUCAUUGUCAACAUGACUGAUGUUGCAAAGGCACUGAGUCGGCCUCCAACAUAUCCGACCAAGUUUUUUGGUUGUGAGCUUGGUGCGCAGACCCAGUUUGAUGCAAAGAAUGACCGCUUCAUCGUCAACGGAUCCCAUGAGGCGAACAAGUUGCAGGACAUGCUUGACAUAUUUAUCCGUAAAUUUGUGCUGUGUCCUGAGUGUGAUAACCCUGAAACUGAUUUGCAUAUCAAUCCUAAGAAACAAACCAUUGGUAACUCCUGUAAGGCCUGUGGGUAUCGUGGCAUGUUAGACACUCGACACAAGCUCUGCACGUUUAUCCUCAAAAACCCACCAGGGCUUUUUUCAACAGAAAACGAACCUGGAUCUGUGAAGGAGAAGAAGGAGAAGAAGAACCGUAAGAAGGACAAGGAAAAUGGCUCUGGCAGCGUAGAGGCUGGGAAUCAUAACGACAUAGAUGCCCCUGAUGCUGUGGACGGUGACGAUGAUGACGAGGAUUGGGCAGAGGAGACCACGGAGGAGGCACAGAGAAGAAGAAUGGAGGAGAUUAGUGCCCAUGCCAAAAACCUGACCCUCAGUGAGGACCUGGAGAAGACCCUGGAGGAGAGGGUCAACAUAUUCUAUAACUUUGUCAAACAAAAAAGGGAGGAUGGCGCUAUUGAUGCAGCUGAUAAGGAGAUCUUGGCAGAGGCAGAGCGUCUGGAUGUGACGGCCAUGGGACCGCUGAUCCUAAGCGAACUACUGUUUGACGAAAACAUCCGUGACCAGAUAAAGAAAUACAAACGCCAUUUCCUUCGCUUCUGUGUGAAUAAUAAGAAGGCCCAGAAAUACCUCCUGGGAGGAUUUGAGUGCCUGGUAAAGCUGCACCAAGCCCAGCUGCUGCCCCGUGUGCCUGUCAUACUCAAAGACCUGUAUGAUGCUGACCUAGUGGAGGAGGAUGUCAUACUGUCCUGGGCAGAGAAGGUGUCUAAGAAAUAUGUCUCUAAGGAACUUGCCAAAGAGAUCCAUGCGAAGGCAGCUCCUUUCAUCAAGUGGCUGAAGGAGGCAGAGGAAGAGAGCGAGGGCAGUGAGGAAGAAGAGGCAGAGGAUGAAAAUGUGGAGGUUGUAUAUGAUUCUUCUGCUCGGGAACUGAAAGUGGAGACCGUAAAACCGGACAAGCCUGACGAGGAAGAGGACUACUUUGAUAUUGAUGCAAUUUAAACAAGGAGGCCAUUUUGAGAAGUUGUUUUGAAUCACAUUUUCUCAUCCUGCCAAAUUGCCAGCCAGCCCUACUCUCCUUUUCCCACAACCUCACUGCUUUUGUUAACAUAGCGCUAUUAGUCACUGCACAUUAACUCUGUAAUUUGAGACAUUCGAUUUAUGCGAUAUUGGUGUAUUUUGGGGAUUUACUUGACUGCACAUUAAUUUUUGUAGGUUUUGUGUUGUAUUUUUUCCAGUCAUUAAAUGUUUUGCUAUCCACAA